AUGAGCAAAACAAUGAAACAGCUGCCGCACGAGCGGCGGAAAGGCGAGGCUGCGCUAAGCGAUUUUGCCGACUUCGUCGAGAAGCAGCAGGCCCUGCGAUAUCCUAGCUCCAAGCCCGUCGGCUCCGAGGCCCCAGCCGUGGAGCACCACGAGGAGCUGGACAUUCUCGAUUCCCUAAAUCUCGAGGACUCGGAGCCCGAGGUCCCGCUUCGCGACCUCUUCCUGGCCGAGGAUGACGAUAAUAUGACUAAACUGGUUCACGUGGUGGAGGACCGCUUGCGCGAGGGCCACGGCGAGGCCGUGUUCGAUGUCGGGUUCGAGAACAGUGGCGACUCCAUGCACCUGACGAAACCAGACUGGGAGAAGGCCCUGACCCGGUUAAAAGCAGCAGCCAAGUCACUGCGAGCUGACUGCGAUGUUCUGCUGACCAAGAAUAUCGGCGGCGAGGUCGAGGCCGCGUCAGUUGCCACUGGGAAGGAUAAAGAUCAGGACUGCAGUGGCAAAGUGCUGAUACGACAAGCUCCACCGACGGCAGAGAGUGUCAUCGAGACCCGAAUAGCCGUCGUUGGCAACGUCGACGCUGGAAAAAGUUCCAUGCUUGGUGUCCUUGUCAAGGGUGACCUGGAUGAUGGACGAGGAAAAGCUCGAGUCAACCUGUUCCGUCACAAACAUGAAGUUGAGACCGGCCGAACCAGCUCCGUCGGAAUGGAGAUCAUGGGGUUUGACACCAUGGGGAAAGUCAUCACAUCUGAUACCCCCGGUCGCAAACUGUCCUGGGAGGAGAUUGGCAAGCGUAGUGCCAAAGUAAUCACCUUCACCGACCUGGCGGGACAUGAGAAAUACCUGCGGACUACUGUCUUCGGGUUGCUCUCCAGCAGCCCAAACUACUGUCUGCUCAUGGUAGCUGCCAACAAUGGCCUCAUCGGAAUGAGUAAAGAGCACCUGGGCAUUGCCCUUGCUUUGAACGUCCCGGUCAUGGUCGUCAUCACAAAAAUUGACAUCUGCCCGCCCAACAUUUUGGAGCAGACCAUUCAGCAGAUCACCAAAAUCCUCAAAUCGCCAGGAGCUCGCAAAAUUCCCAUCUUCAUCCGCGACAGAGAAGAAUGCAUCAACACGGCGACUCAGUUCGUCAGCCAGAGGAUUUGCCCAAUCUUCCAAGUCUCCAACGUCACUGGCGAGAAUCUAGACUUGGUGCGGACAUUCUUGAAUAUCCUCCCGCAUCACGGCCGCUACGACGCGGGUGCCGACUUUGAGUUCUCCGUCAAUGACACCUUCUCCGUCCCUUUCGUCGGCACUGUUGUUAGUGGCAUCAUCAAGUCAGGAGUCAUACAUGCGGGAGACAACGUGUGGAUCGGCCCGGACAGCAACGGGAAUUUCGUUGCCACCAAUGUCCGAUCAAUCCAGAGAAAACGAAUAGACGUACCUGCUGCCUCGGCUGGUCAGUCUGCUAGUUUCGCGCUGAGAAAAGUGCGGCGCAAAGACGUGCGGAAAGGCAUGGUCGUAUUGCCGAAGGUUGAAGGGCAACCGCCACCAAAGGUGACCAGGGAGUUUGUCGCUGAAGUUCUCAUUUUGUCCCACGCCACCACUAUCAAAACAAAAUAUCAGGCCAUGCUGCACGUCGGUCCUGUCGCGCAGACUUGUGCCAUCAUUGAUAUCGACAGGCCGUUCAUCCGUACUGGCGAUCGUGCAACAGUGGCAUUCCGUUUCACUGCGCGUCCCGAGUACCUGGUCGAAGGCGACCGGCUGCUCUUCAGAGAGGGCCGUACCAAAGGGCUUGGCAUCGUCAAGUCCGUAGGUUAUGAUCCCUCACAGCCGUUAAUGGCCCGUAACACAGACGCUGGACAGGAGACUGAGAAAGUCGCACCGCCUGCUGAAGUCAAGGUUGGAGCAUGA